CAUUCAGAGACUUGUUACUGUUUUAUAACGUUGGGUCCACCAGUAUGUUCCCCAAUAUUUGGCCACUAUGGCUGAUGGCUACCCUAAGGACAGGGAUGUCUGCGACAGUUCCAGGGGAGUUUUGUGGGGGUAUUUUUGAGGCGGAGAGCUCUGGGGACAUUAGGGUGCCCACGCACGGAUCUAAUUACUCACCGAACUUAAACUGUCGCUGGGAAAUCCAGGCGGGGCCCGAUCAAAGGGUGGCGCUGGUCUCCACGGAGUGGGCUGUGGAGGAGUCCCCCGGAUGCACCUGGGACUACCUGGAGAUACGAGACGGCUGGGAGAACAGCAGCGCCUCUGUCGGCAAAUUCUGCGGAUACAAACCUCUCAGGUUUUUGUCGGAAUCCAACAAAGUCUAUCUGUAUUUUGUGUCCGACGGGUUUUUUCAGGACAAUGGGUUUCGACUAACAUUUAAAACUGUUCCGAAAGAUGGCGCUGUUAGUUGUGACAAGGUGAUCACGCGUGAUGAGGUCAUUACAUCCCCGGGUCACCCCGGCCGCUACCCACCAAAUCAAGUCUGUCUCUACAGGGUUCAGUUUCCGGUUGGCUCCCACACCGAAUUAUGGGUUUCUUUUCUUGACGUCACAGACGGCACCUGUUUGUUUGACCGUAUUGACUUCUUUGAAGGAAUAACGUCACAUGACAAACUCCUCACAACGCUUUGUGGAAAACAGAGAAACCUGACCAUAAGCAGCCAGUCAAAUUCUCUACUGUUAGUUUUUACCUCUGAUUAUUUCCAAGAGGGGCGGGGCUUCAAGAUAUACGCAAAAUCCCGCAACGCUAACAGCUCAAAUCGGCCAAGAGGGCAUGACACUGGUUGUAAUACCACUAUAGAGAACGUGCCCAAUGGGACUAUAUCCAGCCCAGGGUACCCGGAGGAUUACCCAAACAACGCGUUCUGUAGAACUAUCAUCCGGGCUCCGAAAACCAAUCACGUGAUUCAAGUUAACGUCACGUUCAUAGAAAUGGAAUCGUAUGAAAACUGUUCCUUUGAUUCGCUGACAGUUUUUGCAACAGAACAUCUGGAGUCUACACAGAUAGGGAGGCUAUGCGGACUGCCUGAGGAGAGUCGUGUGUUCGAAUCCGCCUCUGAGAGUAUUCGACUGGAGUUCCGGUCCGACUCCAUGAUUCACUGGAGAGGCUACCAGGCAACUUUCCAACUCAUCCCUAAAAAAGCAUGUUAUCCGUCCUGCCUGCCGGGGACUGUUUGUGUGAACCAGGGCGGAUCUCUCACCUGUGUGGCUGGACUAAAGUGCCCGGUGGAUAUCUGUAACCAUGGCGACUGUGUCCAAAAUCACCAAGGGGAAUUCAAGUGUUUCUGUCACCAUGGCUACACAGGGGCGUUCUGUAGAAUCAAAGGCAACAGCGAAAAGAAUUCCACAAGAAUGAUCAUGCUGAAGUCUCCCUCAGAUCUUGCAGUGUUCCGUGGAGAACGAGAAAUAAUAGAAUGUAAUUCUAACGACCCAAGUGCUCAGUAUAUCUGGUUAUUCAAGGGCAUGCUCCUACAGUCCGAUUCUGCACAUAUAACGGUGUUACCUGGAGGAAUCCUCGACGUCCGGGACUUUAAUGCGGAACUUCAAGGAACAUACAAGUGUAUCGCUAGCACAGCUACAGACUUUGCAGAAACCGAAUUUCGCCUUAGCCUUAAAGAGAAAUGCUUUCUAGUCGUGGAGACCCCGCCGGAAGACACGGCCGUGGAAUCCGGAAGUACUGUUCUGCUCUCUUGCUUUGUUCCUGAUGCUAAGAAAAUUACGUGGUUCAAAGAUGGCAAGCAACUUCUUUCUACGCAACAUACGAUCCUGGCAAGUGGAUUUUACCUUAAAAUAGAUUCGGUUAAACACAAUGACGUAGGAAACUAUUCCUGUCAAGCGGAGGGAGAAGGUGGUUGUUCGGCCCAGCGGUCUGCAAUGUUAACCAUUGUCGAGGAAACGAAAAUGGACCAAGAAGAUAAAUGUGGUGUACCAGCGUUAUCUGGUAUGGUACCACAACUAAGCAGCAGGAUAAGUGGCGGAAGAGCAGUAACCAUGGAAACAACAGCCUGGCAUGUCAUUCUCAGGGAAAACGAAAAGGAAAAGACGUUUUGUGGAGGAACCCUGAUCUCCAAUACCUGGGUUGUUACGGCCGCCCAUUGUUUCGCCCAUUAUCCAAGCGAAUUCAAGCGCCCAUUUGUCAAGUCCAACAUUGACGUCAUUCUGGGCACGAAUCAGUGUAAGGGAAAGGACGGAGUCAAAAGGAAAAUCAAGCGGUACAUCAUCCACCCGAAGUUUGCUGAAAGGUCCAGUUAUGACAACGACAUAGCGCUUAUAGAAAUGGACGAAGCUGUUAAUUUCACCGAAAAAAUUCAGCCGCUGUGCCUGAAACCUACCAGUAUUAUUGACGAUUUGUUUCUGUCUCGGCGUGGGGGAAGGAGGGUGGGGCGCGUGAUUGGAUGUGGUCAGAGGUACGAAAGCAUCGAGGACACUCCCGAUCUUAUCCAUGACGUAUACGUUCCUAUCAUUUCCCGCGAGAUCUGCACAGGCGCAAACAUUGGGACUGGAAACUUCACGGACACCAUGUUUUGUGCGGGUUAUGAGCGCGCGCUUUUUGGUGACGCCUGUUACGGAGAUAGCGGGGGGUCACUGAGUGUCCAACUGUCGGACAGUCACCCCUGGGUUUUGGUGGGCGUGGUUUCGUGGGGUGUAGGGUGCGACAGACCAGGCCAAUAUGGUUAUUAUACAAACGUAGGAAAGUUUUACAACUGGAUUCAAGAAAAUGUGAAUUAGUCGAAACUGAAAACGUUAUCUCAAAUCCAAUAUUUAGAUACUUGAUUAAAUGAAUGUUUUUGGACAAUUUCGAGUCUUAAAAUGAUUCUUGUAUUGUGUAGUUUCUUAUUUAGAUGACAAAUUUAACGACACAUUUUGCGGAUUUUUUUGUUAUCAAAGAAAAAUAAAUCAGCCAAUUUAAACAAUAAAACACCAGUGCGGACGAGUCUGCUA